UAAUACAUACCCUCAAGCUUAACCGAUGCUCUGCUGGGCCAACGAGGAUCACUUUUUGAGCCAACGCUAUCCAAAUCCGCAGCAAAAGGCACCUGAGACGCUCAAGAAUUUGCUCCUGCGUUCCAGCGUGCCCAUUGUGAGUGACAGGGUAGACAGCACCGAUAUGGCACCGUUGAAGGGGCAAGAGGUCACCAAGUUCCACAAGCACUCUUUUCUCGAAAAUCGCAUCUUCGAUCAUCGCCUGGUCAAGGACAAUCUUCUGGACAAAUGGCCCACCGCUGACAUGAACGAGUACCACGAGCGCAAGGAUCAUCGCAAUCUCAUGGAGUCCUAUCCCUGGAGCCAUGCGGGUGCUCCGCCCUGCAUGGAACCAGUCAGCGGACCGACAAUACCACCCCGUGUCGGCACCGCCUACGAGACUUCACAGCGCCAUCCGUGGCGCCCGGCCAUGGCUUUCGAGCUGAUCCAGGUGAAGCAUCUGCCGGAGCAGCCGGUGACCAAUCAACUGACGAAGCAAUGCUUCGUGCCAAAGGGCAUGAAGACCGACGGGAUGAUCUUUCCAAAUCUGGUCACCGGCUUCGAUCGGAAUCCCCAACAUGCCGCCCGGGCUGCCCUCUACACGCGAUAUACCAACAACGAGUGGUAUAACAAUAACAUGACCAAGUACUCCGAGUCCAACAUGAAUCGCAAUCUGUCGGAGCGGAUGCGGAAUGAUGCAGUGCGCCUGAUGCGCGAAGCUGACGAGAAGGCCACUUCAGGGCAGCGAGAUGCAGGCCGCCGCCUAGGCGAACGCAUCACUGAUUUGACCUUCUGGCGCAACGAGUUAAAUGCCGAGCUGGAGAAGCUGAUCGCCGAGAUGGCCGACAUUAACGAGCUGCAGCGGCAGUGCGGCAAGGCAUUGCUAGAUCUGGAAAUACCACUUCACAUCGCCCAGGAGUGUCUAUUCCACCGGGAGUCGCGCCAGGGCACCGAGAAGGUACACGAUAUCGUGGAAAAGGCCCUUUUGGUGGAGAUUAACAAUCUGAGGCUGUCGCGUGAUCGGCUCAGUGGGUUACAUGAGAAGAUCUCCAAGCAGGCACUCGAUUGCCGUGGCGCCCAGCACCUGCUUGAGGACGAUGUGUCACACAAGGAGUCGUCUCUAGGCAUCGACUCGAUGUGUCACCAGCUGAACAACUACAGUCGUGGCAUCGCCUAUUACGGCGGCAUCGAAAAGUACGAUCCCUCGAUCAGCACCCAGGAGUCGUGGGCUCAGGCCAGCAGCGAGCAUGUUAGACGUUCGCAGGCUGAGCGCGCCAAGUUGUCCCAGUUGCGCAGUGAUUCCCAGAACGUGGUUAAUGCGGUGGCUACCACCGUGUGGGACUUUUGGAGCAACACAAACAAUGCGUUCGACAGACGGGCCCAGGAGAUGGCCGAGGCCAAGAACCGCGUACAGCUGCACUUGCAGAAGGUGCAGCAGGAGCUGUUCGAUAUGGAGAAGCACCUGUUUUUGCUCCAGAAGGCCAUACAGGACAAGUCUAUGCCGCUCAAGGUGGCCCAGACGCGCCUCGAGGCGCGGUGCCAUCGCGAGGGUGUCGAGCUCUGCAAGGAUCAUGCCCAGGAUCGGUUGGUUCAAGAGGUGUACGACAUUCAAGGCGCUGUGGAUUCUCUCCACCACAAGCUGCAGGAGUCGGAGGCCACACACCAGGGCCUGCUGAAGACCCGCUGCACUCUGGAAGUGGACCUGCGCAACAAGGUCAAUGCCUUGUUCAUCGACCGGGAGAAGUGCAUGAGUCUGCGUCGCUCCUUCCCAGUCAGCAACUUGAUUCGCUAUUAA